AUGUUAGUAGAUGACGGCGAGCAUUACACGUGUUGCAACGUGUCUAGGGCUUCUGAGAGCGGCCACCUGCCUAGGGCUUCUGAGAGCGGCCACCUGCCUAGGGCUUCUGAGAGCGGCCACCUGCCUAGGGCUUUUGAGAGCGGCCAUCUGCCUAAGGCUUCUGAGAGCGGCGACGUGCCUAAGGCUUCUGAGAGCGGCCACCUGCCUAGGGCUUCUGAGAGCGGCCACCUGCCUAAGGCUUCUGAGAGCGGCCACCUGCCUAGGGCUUCUGAGAGCGGCCACCUGCCUAGGGCUUCUGAGAGCGGCCACCUGCCUAAGGCUUCUGAGAGUGGCCACCUGCCUAGGGCUUCUGAGAGUGGCCACCAGCCUAGGGCUUCUGAGAGCGGCCACCUGCCUAGGGCUUCUGAGAGCGGCCACCUGCCUAAGGCUUCUGAGAGUGGCCAUCUGCCUAAGGCUUCUGAGAGCGGCGACGUGCCUAAGGCUUCUGAGAGCGGCCACCUGCCUAGGGCUUCUGAGAGCGGCCACCUGCCUAAGGCUUCUGAGAGCGGCCACCUGCCUAGGGCUUCUGAGAGCGGCCACCUGCCUAGGGCUUCUGAGAGCGGCCACCUGCCUAAGGCUUCUGAGAGUGGCCACCUGCCUAGGGCUUCUGAGAGUGGCCACCAGCCUAGGGCUUCUGAGAGCGGCCACCUGCCUAGGGCUUCUGAGAGCGGCCACCUGCCUAAGGCUUCUGAGAGUGGCCACCUGCCUAAGGCUUCUGAGAGCGGCCACCUGCCUAAGGCUUCUGAGAGCGGCCACCUGCCUAGGGCUUCUGAGAGCGGCCACCUGCCUAAGGCUUCUGAGAGCCGGAUUCGACUCCUAGCCCCUUGUCAAGAAGUGUUGCCUGUUGACGGAACGACCAGUUACAACAUGAUACCUUAA